AACGACCAGUGCUUGUUCGGUGACUGUUCAAAAUGGGCCUUGAGAAAAAUGAUUUGGAAUUGGCAGUUAUCAAAGCCAGGAAGAAAAUCAAGGUGAAACAAGUUCUGAAAAGAAGGAUACCGAUAAUUGGAUGGCUGCCAACCUAUACUCUAGGACUAUUUUUGCAGGAUCUGCUGGCCGGCUUCACAGUGAGUCUGACGGAAAUACCGCAGGGAAUAGCGUAUGCAGUGAUUGCAGGACUACCAACGCAAUACGGUUUAUACAGUGGGUGUAUGGGGUGUUUCAUAUACAUCGUUAUUGGAAGUUGCAGAAUUAUAAACAUAGGACCCACCGCCAUCAUGGCGCUUAUGUCAAAAAGCACAGUGUCGGCUCUAGGGUCAGAGGGAGCUGUCCUGAUGUGCUUUAUGACGGGAUGCUUUAUUUUCCUAGCAGGACUGAUGAAUUUAGGAUUUGUCGUGGAUUUUUUCUCCUACCCAGUCACAGCCGCCUUCACAACUGCCGCUGCUAUCGAGAUCGCUUCGUCCCAAGUAAAAACUCUUUUGGGAAUCAAGGGAAAUAAUGAUUCCUUCUUAGGAUCUUGGAGGACUGUGAUAAAACACGGGUCGGAGUUCAAGAAGUGGGAUCUGGUUUUGGGGUGCAUCACUAUCGUAUUUUUGUUCAUAGUCAAGGAAAUAGGUAACAGAUACGGUACACUUUCUUACCGAAAGGACUGGUCGAAAAGGAAAAACUACAUUGGGAGGUUCAUAUACAUAUUUUGCCUAUCUAGAAAUGCUAUUGUCGUUGUAACCAGUUCAGUAAUUGCCUAUUUUUACCACAAGAAAGGAUAUUCUUUGUUUUCAUUGACAGGAUCGGUAGAGCAAGGUUUGCCACCAUUUAAACUCCCGCCUUUCAGCAUCACGUACAACGGAACAUAUUACAGCUUCUUCGAUGUUGUGGAAACAUAUGGAGCCUCUCUAGCCUCAACUCCAAUUAUAGCAGUAGUAGAACACAUUGCCAUAGCAAAGGCAUUCUCUAAAGGCCGUUCUGUGGAUGCGACUCAAGAGUUCAUAUCGUUAGGACUGUCCAACGUGAUGUCCUCUUUCGUGCAGUCGAUGCCAAUCACUGGGUCUUUCACUAGAACAGCCGUGAAUCACGCGUCAGGAGCAAAAACAACCGUCAGCGGAAUUGUCACUGGGAUCAUGGUUCUGCUUGCGUUGGCAUUUCUGACUUCAGGAUUCGCCUACAUCCCCAAAGCGACCCUUGCUGGUGUGAUCAUAGUCGCCAUGUUCUAUUUGUGCGAAUUUGAGGCCUUUCCAUUACUUUGGAGGACAAAAAAGACUGACCUGAUCCCCUUGAUUAUCACAAUCAGCAGCUCUCUGUUCCUUAGUCUCGAAUAUGGCAUUUUUAUCGGCAUUGCAACCAACAUGAUAUUCGUCCUGUAUGCUACCGCCCGGCCAAAGUUACAGAUAGAAGAGAUCUCCACCGCUCACGGGGAUGGUUUCGUGGUCACCUCCAAAACAGGAUUACACUAUGCGGCGGCUGAACACAUCAGAGAGAAAAUUUUGGAGACGUGUUGUGGAGAAGACGUAGCAGUUGUUUUGAAUGGAGAAUACGUGGGGAAUAUUGACGCUACAGUGGCAAAGAGUUUCCACUCUUUGAAGGAUGAACUGGAAGGAAGGAAUCAGAAACUGAUUUUCUUCAAUUUCAAGAAAUCCGUGAGAGAGUCUAUCCUUGGCAUCGAUGCGAAACUGAGUGAGAAUUUUAGAGGAGGACUUUUAGAAGACGUUUUUGAGGGUAGCAUCACUAGAGUGUGAGAUUAUUUAGAAGACUGUGAUACCUAUAUUUUUUUGUGAAUAUUAUAUUAGUAUUUAUUAUUUUUUUUUAUUAAAACGGUUGAAAUAUUGUUUGGCUUUGUAUAUAUGACAGAGAAUUGUUUAAUAAAAAUCGAAUAUACUCGUAAAUGAAGUUGAUUGAUUGUACGGCUUACUUGAUUUUGCCUGAAAUACGAAAAAAAUAUAGAGAAUUUUCAUAGAAGAAACUACAGUUUUUCUUAUCUGAAAAUUGUUCUUUCUGAUUUCAUUUGCAUAGUCUUUAAAUCUGUGUAAAUCUUAAGUAUCAUGUUAAGAGCACCAGCCUGACGCAAGACCGGUCUAACCGUUGCAAGCGGGACACAUACUUAGACUACGGUUCAGGAAAAGGACUACGGCAGAUUGGCGUGAGGGUCUGAAUACAUAUACCUGCGAGCGACUCCACAAAAAGGACUCUUCAGCGAACACUCGCCCCGACAAUAUUUCUUUUCACUACACUUUGUUUUCAAUAAAAAUACUUUUAUUUUUACCGUU